AUGAUGGAUCUUGAGCACAUGAGCGACUUGAUGAGCCACUCUCGAUUUCCAUUUGACAUGAACAGCGAGAUGCUGGCAGUACCAAGUAAUUUGGACGACGAUGAGUUCUUUAAAGAUCUACCUGUGUUGGCACGUAACCAACGACCGACAACACAACAUCGCGAGGCUUCCAGUCACCCAGAAAAGUCUGAUUUCAAAACACGUGAGCAAAAGCCAAAGGAUCAUGACAACGAUCCAAACAAGCAAUCCCAACUGGAUCAAAAGAAACAAAUGGUCAAUACUGAUGCCGACAAAGACAGUCAACUUCGUCGAGCUUUCUCAUCUUACACAUACAGCAACUCGUCCAUUGUGGACGAUAAAGGUCGACGCGUGACAAGCAAGCGUCGUCGUUACGAAGACUCGACGGGUCGACUUAAAGCUGUGCACGAGCGCCAAAUUGAGG